AUGUUUGAAGUUGGGGUGGAGAUUUUGCUCCAGACCCUGAAUGCUGGCUCUGGGGGGGCCGAGUUGCAGUGUGGACACUGCUGGAGGCCUCCAAGGGCUGCCACUCUGACGUCCCUGUGCCAGUGCCAUCCUGUGUGCCCACCUUGCCCUGCAUCCAGUGUCUGCGGGCACAGCGUGUACCCAGCCCCAGCGGCUGGGGACAGAGCGGAGAGGGUGCAUGGAUCUGCUUCCUCCUGCCCGUGGGGUACUCCCGGGGACCGCCUCGAAGAGACACUGCAGGACGGGGCUGUGGGCUGUGGCCGGUGGGUCCAGAUCCAGCCCUCUGAGCUGUGUCCUGCUGCGGAAGAGGUAAAUCAGGAUGCAGAACUCAGCUUCCUCCAGCAAGCACUUGGAGCCCCGAGGAAGGGGAAAUGCCUCCCUACAUCUGCUCUGGGUAGAUUCUUGUCGUCUAGAGACCCAGCUGAGCUGUUUCCACCACAGAAGCCUUUUCAGCACAUCCUCCAGCCACCCAGCUGCCCCUCGCCACAGUCCCCUCCCCACACUGACUGUGGCUCCAUUCUCUGUCUGUUCCCACAGUGCCUCACGUGGAAUGUAGAGUGUGAGGACAGAACCUCUGUGUUCUUAAGUUCUUUCUUCCCACUAGCCUGGGAAAGUGCUCGCCUGUGGAGGUAUUGUAUCAAUCUGCGGUCCCGUGGCGGGCACAUAGUAGGUCUCCAAUCAAUCUGAAGGGCCGCUCGGGGCUCCGACACAGGCCACCCCACCCUCUGCUCGGCUUCAUUGGUUGGUGGCUCAGUUUCCUUGUAAGUUGGCACCACUUUAUCAGAAGGUUGCAGGUGACAGUGGUAAAGAGAAGUAGUGGGAACAGCUCAGGAGAUGAGAAAAAAAUGCCUAAUAUCAUCACCGCUUGUUGAUCCUAGAAAAAUGUAUUCUCCACUGGAGCCCUGCCACUUCCUAGGCUGUGUUCAUACCCCACCCACCCUUGGCCACCAGUCAGGAACAAAAAAAUUUAGAACACUGUCCUCACGAGAGCACGGUGAGGGAGAGAAUGUGUGUCACACGAGGCCACACACAGGGCACCAAAUCUCUUGGGACAGAUAGUGGAGGUCUGAUGCUGACAGUUAAUGUUGGCCGCCCCUCCUUAGUAAUACCUUUUCCAGGCCCAAGUACAAACUCUCCCGGUAUAAUUUACUUAUUUUCUUUUGGUACUGGGGAUCGACCUCGGGACCUUGUGCUUUCGAGACAGGUGCGGCACCACUGAGCUAAAUCCCCAGCCCCCUGUAAUUAACUUUAUAUAACACCUAAGCACACACAGAAAACUUGGGAGUACAGAGCCACAAAGAGAAAGGGGGAGAGAGACAGAGCGAGCUCCGUGUGAAGAUGCCCUCAGUUAAUAUUUCCUUGGGUUCCUCCUAGAUCCUUGCAUGAACCCACAUAAGCAUUUACAAUUCUUUUAGAAUAUGGGGAUUACAUUGUUUUGGA